AUGCGCGAGGAUGCACGUGUUGGGGCGUGCGGGUGGCGAGCGGGCGCGGAUGGAAAAUCGGUCGGACGCGAGCGCGAGCGGGAUGGAGUGGCGAGUGGCUGCUGUUUGCAAGUCUGCUGGGACAACCGCGGGCUGCAACGGGAGACACCCACCCAAUCCCCUUUCUUGCAGGUUGCGAGAAAGUGUGAGAGAGGUUUUGGGCACGUGGGCACUUCUGCACGUGGGCACUUCUGCACGUGGGCACUUUUGCACGUGGGCACUUCUGCAUGUGGGCACUUCUGCACGUGGGCACUUCUGCACGUGGGCGCUUCUGCACGUGGGCGCUUCUGCACGUGGGCGCUUCUGCACGUGGGCGCUUCUGCACGUGGGCACUUUGGAGCUGGUGCAACAGGGGAUGUGACUGCGUGGUGGAUGCAUUCAAGACAGUUUCGGUGUGGUGCUGUGUGGUCGGCAGGGGAGGAAGACUGUCCAAGGGCGAUAGCAACAUUACAGGAGGGUUAUUGGAGCAGCAGAGGAGGAAUCAGUAGGAGUGGCAGAGCGGUUCAAGUAACAGCAGAAGGGGAUAUUCUCCAGCAAUUAGUCCCGUCAGUGCUUCGUGGUGGGGCAGGAGCAGUAGGGUGUUUCGAGCAACGGUAG